AUGUUAUUUCGACCGCCUCAGCCGCUGCUCCUCCGCCUUCGUGCCGGGUUCGCCUCCUCCUCCCUUUCGCAUGAAAGCCGCAAUGGCCUCCAUAGCCGGCAAACAAGGUCCGUGAGAGUAAAACCUCUCACUGGAUAUGGCACUCAAACGAAUGUCACGGGCUUCGAUGGAAGAUUGAGCGAUAUAAGGAGUUUUUCAAGAUUUCCAGAUCGUGCAGCGGAAAGCUCAGCUACAACCAUUUCUACCACACCAGAUGACUACAUCGGCAUCACUUCCACGGAGUUACAAGCCGGAAUUGACGAGAGCAAACCGGACUUUGCAGCAGCAGAAGAAAAACCUCGAUAUUUCAUAAGACCCACUAAGCAUGGACCGGAUCCUGCAGUGGUGCAUCAACAGGUGGACAAAGUACUUUAUCACUACACAUACAAAGAUGGGACAGCUGGAACCGUUACCAGGCAUGUCAGCAAAGAAAUUCUGGGCCUCGACAAUCAUAUCACGUCGCAGUCGCUUUUUCGGGAUGACUCGGCUGGUGCCGCUCAAUGGCUGGCUGCUCGCGAUGAGAUAGGCGAAGCAUUGGCGUCUGGGAGGGAGCCGCAACGACGCUUGAUGAACUUCGAUUUACGGAGAGAAGAUCAGUUUAUUCUUGACAAACUAAAAGCGCAAACUGAGAAUGCUUUUCGUGGAACCUGGCGGGCGUUGCCCAGAAAGCAGAAGAUGGAACACUGGUACCGCCUGUCGCUCUGGCUAUUACAACAUACCCCUAGCCAGUUACCGAAGUUCCUGCUCGCGACGACCUACAAAGAACUCCGACAACGACCGCCUUUAUUAAUGGUAGCAAAGUGCAUUACACAUCUCAACAGAUUCUCUCCCGGGCUUGUGGAUUCUUCCCUCAUUACAGCUUGCCUAGACCCGAGCACUUGGCCUGUAAUUAGGGCGCCCCAGUCACCUAUUCGGCUCUAUGUGAAUUCGACAGAUCGCGAGCAUGUUUAUUAUGCCUGGCAUAUCCAGCGCAAAAAGAGAACUCAUGUGUCGCCCGCAACCCUGUUAUGUUUCAUGAAACGUUUCACAGAGUUUGGAGACGUUGACAUGGCCCUGAAAGCUCUUGUAGCUGUGCAGUAUCUGAGACACCCUGAUUUUUCCAUGGCUUCGAAAGAGGUUAUACACCACUGCUGCGCACUUCUGAUGCGUGAUACCGUUGUAGAUGAUGGCAACGGGCGCAAUUUUGCCAUCCUUCCAAGACUCGUCGAACUAGGAGUGCAACCCACCCGGGAGAUGUUGAAUGUCGUUCUAUCCAAUGCACUUAAGGGAGGGGAUUCACAAGUGGGCAAUGCUGUAUUGGAUUACAUGAAAAGCAAUCAGCUUGAGCCCGACCAAUUCACCUAUCUAGCUUUGCUUAAAGAUGCUGUCGCCACGGGGGAUAGGGAACGGCUUGGAACCCUGCUGCAUGAGAUCCAGUCUCAAGAGGACCUGCACAAAAACAAGUGGAUCUCAAGCAAGAUCCUCCAUUCACAUUUCGUCUUUACCGCCAAAAGGAUCAACAUAGACGAUGAACCACAAGAGGUCUUUUACUCCAUGUUGGGCAUGUACAACCAGUUACACGAUAUCACACCCCUUAAAGACCUUUCCAUCAUUCCACCCAACUACACCCCGCCUGCCGGAAGCGGUACCUCUGAGCCUUCCGUUGUUGCCUUAUACAUCAUGAUUGCGACCUAUCUUCGGUGUAUGCAAAAUUUCGCUACUACCGAACGUGUUUAUCUCCGUUAUCGAUCUCAUGUGCUACAUGGCCACCGAGCCAUUGCACCACUUGCAGCAACCGAUCACACAUAUAAUGAGUUUUUGGUAGCUUUCCGAAACUACCCUCAGGGAAUGCGACCAGCAGCACGGCUAGUCGAGGACAUGCAGCACUCCGCUACCAAAAAGAUAGCCAACAGCGAACUCGAGCACGUCCCGCCAAGUACUUUGACUUGGACGAUAUUGUUGAGCAUUUUUGUCUUCCAGAAGCAGAGCCAUGCUGCGGAGAGAGUAUUGGCCAUGAUGGAUAGGCACAAUGUCAAGUACUCCAUGGAUACCUGGAACAUGCUCAUAAACUAUCAUGCCAAUGAGCAAAACCACGUCGGACUCGCCGAAACAAUCAAGAAGAUGGAGAGCGAGGGUUUCACCAUGGAUGAACAUUCGAUGCGGUCCUUGCGCUUUCUGCGGGAACCGGAGCGUCUGUGGGUUACUAUCGACGAGCUCGACAAGGCUUCUGAUUCACUCUUUGAAUCGUCAUCCUCCCAGUCAAAGAACGGCCAGCCAGCUCCUUCUCUUCUUGACCAAGGUUUGACGCGCAUGAAGGACAACAUGUCGCAAAAAUGA